UGCCCGCUCGCCUCUCGUCGUCAUCAUCUGUCGAGCAGAUCACCCGCUAAGAGCAAACGUCGAAAUGGCAAAGUAUGAGCGGACGAGUGUCCAGUAUCUAUCUGCCGACGGCGUGAACAAGAUCCAUGCGUGGGUCUAUACGCCCACUGCGACGAACAGCCGAGUACCGGCAAUCAUCUUAGCGCACGGCUUCGGUGGCUCGAAAGUACAUGGCCUCCAACCGUUUGCAGAAGCAUUCGCGAGCAUGGGCGUUCUGGCCAUCGUGUUCGACUAUCGCUCGUUCGGUCUCUCGGAUGGCAUGCCGCGUAAUACCAUCAGGGUAUCAGCGCAGCAAGCCGAUUAUGUGACCACGCUCGAUUAUGCAAAGAAACUGCCCAAUGUCGAUCCCACCAAGCUCAUCAUCUGGGGAACCAGCUUUGCGGGGGGUCAUGCACUCUCGGUCGCGAGCACAUACCCCGGAUUAGCCGGAUGCAUUUCCCAAGUGCCCAUCAUCAAGGGACGUAGCUCGGUCUUCAAGACCUCCAAGCGAUCUGCGAUCAUGUUGACGCCUAUCCUCGUGUAUGAUGCGCUGUCCCGCAUGCUACCUUUCCUACCGCCAGCGUAUGUCCCUACAGUCGCAGAUCGAGGCAGCUGGGGUCUCCUUACGACAAACGACGCUGUCGAAGGCUACUCGCGCUUCGAGCCGUUCGUGGACGCUGAACCGGCUUACGUGCAAGCUGCUGAAGCCAAGGGCAAGUCGACCAAGGAGCUUGUCUUGCGCCCGAGCAAUGCGCUCGAUACAUUCUUCUAUAAUUCGGUCGCAAAGAGUGCCAAGACGAUCAAGUGUCCUGUGUUAUGCUUGAUCGCACACGAAGAUACAAUGUGUCCACCUCAUCUGGCAGUCGACGCCGCGAAGCAGAUCAGGGAUGUCGAAAUCGUUCGCAUUGACGGUGGUCAUUUUGGACCAUACUCUGGACAGCCAGGCUGGGAAAGAACGAUCGACGCAGAGAAGCAAUUUGUCAAGCGCGUCGUCGCUCACUCCUCAAAAAUCUAAUCACUGUCGCAUUGCAACGCUUCUCAUCUCC